AAAGAUGGAGCAACAAAAAGAGAAGAAGAGAAAAGUCUCCAAAAGGCAAAGAAGUACACAAUCACAAUCCUUUCCUAGAGAUCUAACCUCAGAGAUACUCUUAACGCUGCCUGAGAAAUCUGUUGCAAGGUUUCGUUGCGUGUCAAAGCUUUGGUUAUCAAUCACAACAGAUCCAUAUUUCAUUAACGUGUUCAAAAAUCGGUACCGAGGGUUGAGUCUUUUAAUUUGCUUCAUUGAAGAUGACAAGUUGUUUGUUUCCUCGAUUCCGCAGCAUCAGCAUUCACUUCAGAAUUCCAAAAGGUCUUACUCUUGUUCUCAGCCUAUUUAUCGUUAUCAUAUGGAAUUCCCAGAAGGGCAGAGUAACUUCCCUCCUACGAAAUCUGUCCAGGGCUUGAUCUGCUUUAAUGUAUCAGCAACGCCGAUAGUUUGGAACCCUAGCACGAGACAGUUAUUGACUUUAACCAAACCGAGAUUGAGCUGGAAUGACAUUGCAAUCUUUUUAGGAUACGAUCCGGUUGAAGGUAUACACAAAGUAAUGUGCAUACCUCUUAAAAGAAGUUCUGAUGUGUGUCGGGUGCUAACACUAGGAUCAGCUCAAGAACAAGAACCAUGGAGAACGGUAAAAACUUGCCAUAAGCAUCGCUCUGAGUAUCAUACUACUUCUGGUCGAUGCAUCAAGGGGGUUGUAUAUUAUAUAGCCUAUGUUUAUCAUAAGCGUGUUUGGGUUAUAAUGAGCUUUGAUGUCAGAUAUGAAAAAUUCGAUAUGAUGCAAUUACCAUCAGAGAAUAUUAGUAGGGUCAUGAUGACUUAUGAGGGGAGGCUAGCUUGUGUUGAAAAUUGUGUCACGAAAUAUGGUAAACUCAUCCGGAAGCAUGGUACCAGAUUGUACAUUUUGGAAGACGCAAAGAAACACAAGUGGUUGAGUAAAGUUGUUCUUGCACCAGGUGCUUGCUUUGAUGAUAGAUUGAAAAUCUAUUACCAACUAAACGGUUACACUCAUGAUGGUGAGUUUGUUUACGUAUCAUCCACGUUUGAUAAGAAGGGUUAUAUUUUAUUUUGUGACCCAUUGAGAAACAGCUUUAGAAGAUUCGAACUUAAAGGAAUCGCGGAGGGAGUUUUAAAAAGCCGUAUGUAUGCGCUCUAUGCUUUCCCGAAUCACGUUGAGAGUCAAAUAACUUUGAAAUAAUUUAACUUCUUGGUGU